AUGUCGGGCCAAUGUGUAACAUCAGAACUUUUUCAUUCCGGUCCCAGGUGUCCUAAUAUUUGCUCUGGAUAUGAGUAAACGUAUAUACUCACGUCGUCGUGCGGUGAAACUGUAGGACGAACGUAUUGACUACGAUUACAGAGUAAUAGUCAAUCUAACAAACUGUUUUUUUUUUUCGAUCAGACGUUUAUUAUUCAGUAAUAAUUCAGACGUUUAAUAUUCAGUUUAAUAUUAGUAUUUUUACUACUAUAUAUACCGAUUUCUAUAAACGGAACCGUUAUUACGCGCUUCCUAAAUUAUUUUUCAAACUUUAUACUUUUGGAGCUUGGGUCCAAAAAGGGCCAACGUCACAUUUUGGUGAAAAUGAUUUAUAUGGCCAAUCAUAUACAAUUGUAUGUCUUUUCUAGUAGCAAAAGGGCGUAUCUCAAUAAUCAUUUUUGUGAGGUUUGAGAAGACCAAUGUUAGAUAAAUUACUAUUGAAAUAUUAAAAAAGUCCAAAAAUGUGUUUUAUUCUUAAUUUCUUAAAACUGAUUAAAAGGGAGAUCGACCCUAUUUGGCCCAAAAUCCCAGACUUAUUCGCAGGGAUCGUUAAAAUACUUUGAAAUGAGUAUUCAAAUGAGAUAUUCAUUUAAGACAUAAGUAUAUUGAAAUAUAAGAUCCUCGAUACUCUUGCAUUUUAUAUAUUUAAAUAGUAGAUACUCGAUACUCGAAACAUUAAAAUCAAAAUAUAAAUUAUAUUUUAAAGGCAUGCUAUAUAUUUAACAAAAUGCGGUGGUUAUAUUUUAUUUGAAAUAUUCUUCGAAAUUCCUAUAACUUAUCUUAUUUUAGUACAAUCAUUUUAAAUUUUUAAUAUAUUUCUCGAAAAGUUAAUAAUCUAGAGAAGGAAAUGACCAAGCUUGUCUCCUUCAGGCACUUUUGGGCAGGAUACUUCAAAAUGAUUAUUUAUGUACUUGAUACAUGAUUACAGUAUUUCAAUAAAAAAUACUCGAGAACUGUAUUGCGUUACAAGAUACAAAAUACAAUUGAUCUAAAAUACGUAUUUAAGAUACUUGUAUUGAAGUAAAACUAAUCUACUAAACUCGAGUAAGCUGGCCAAGAUCAAAUGGCCUUUUUAAGAAAGCUUGGGUCGAGAAAUUAAAUGAGAAAAGACAGGGCUGUCAAAGCCCUUUCUCCAAGCCUAUCCAAAAGCGUUGGAUAGAGUGAAUGAUGAUUUAAUUAGUUGUGUCCAUAGAGUAACAAUACUACAAUAGAGUAUAACGUAGAAAGAUGGAGAAAUGUAGUUGAGAUAGCGAAUGUUUUACAAAACUUAAAUUACGAAGAAAAGUGAUUUUAAAAAACAAUUCAUCUAGUUCUACAUAAAUAAUAAGAACUCUGAGUGAAAUUCGGUUAACAGAUUUUCAUCGCAAAUAUCGCGAUUUUUAUGAUUUUCGUCAACAUUUGAAAUUAACAUCGCUUAUAAAUAAAACAUUUACGUUACGAUUCUGAUCGGAGCUCGGUCAAUAGUAUUUUUUUUUCAACAGAGUUUGCUUUACGAUAAUGAUUGUUUAAAAAACAUUAAAAGAUUAAAUAAAAUAAAAGAUAAAUAGUAACAAAAAAAUAAAUAAAAACGGUUGCUAAUGACAACCUUUUUAAUCUUUUAUUUUUUUUUAACAUUUAAGAACCAGUUUUCUUCAUCAUCUUGUACGUUAAUGAGAAUUUUAAAUAAUCAACUCCUCCAAUUCAAGCAAACAUGCAAUAAAAAGAUCUCAUGUUGAUUCUUGUCGCUUCGCUCAGAAUCUAAAAUAUUAUUUAAAUGGAAUUUAUUACAGUAUCAGAGAUUUUCAUUACACCUAAAAUAAUAUCGCAGAUAUUAAAUAGUAGAUUUAGUGUCCUAGGUGACCGCCGUGUCGUUUAUUAUAAUAAUUAUUGUACACGUUUAUUGAGCCUAUAAUAAUUUGUACAAUCAUUAUGCGAGUAAAAUAAUAUUUUGUUGUAUUAACUACAACGAUAUUAACGUAUUUAGCCAAUUUUCUUCUUUGCGUUUCUUUUUGUGUACGUAUUUUCAGUAUUACUUGUGUAAUGAGUGAGAACAAUAGUAUCGAUAGUAACAUAAUGGACACUCGGGACAGCGUUACUUCGAUCGUCGUCUCUGCAGUCGACCGGUUUCUUGUGGACGCCCUCGGUCUGGCCAUAUCGACUGAGCGGACAAACACCCGUAAGGAUUUAGACGGUUUGAUGCCAACAGACAUGCAUUUAGCCGUGUACGGUGAUGGAUGA